AUGGCCUUGAGUGACAUCAGAAGGGUCCUGAUCAGUGAUAGCCUGGCCCCCGCCUGUGCCCACAUCCUGAGAUCCCAGGGGGGCAUUGAGGUCACCGAAAGCACAGGACUGACCCCCCAGGAGCUCAUCGCCAAGAUCCAGGACUAUGACGGGCUCAUCGUUCGCUCGGCCACCAAGGUGAGCGCAGAGGUCCUGACCGCCGGCAGCAGGCUGAAGGUGGUUGGACGGGCCGGGACCGGAGUGGACAAUGUGGAUGUAGAUGCCGCUACCAAGAACGGGAUCAUUGUCAUGAACACCCCCACUGGAAACAGUAUCAGUGCCGCUGAGCUGACCUGUGGACUUAUCCUCUGCCUGUCCAGACAGAUCCCACAAGCGGCGGCCUCCAUGAAGGACGGGAAGUGGGACCGCAAGAAGUAUAUGGGCUCCGAGCUGCAUGGGAAGACUCUGGGAAUUUUGGGAUUGGGCCGCAUUGGGAAGGAAGUGGCUACCAGGAUGCAGUCAUUCCAGAUGACGACCAUCGGAUACGACCCCAUCAUCCCCCCAGAUAGGGUGACGGCACAAUUUGGGGUUCAGCAGUUUCCUCUGGAAGAGAUCUGGCCGCCAGUGCGACUACAUCACGGUGUUGCACACCCCUGCUGCUGCUGCCCUCCACCACAGGUCUGCUCAAUGACGUCACAUUCGCCAAGUGCAAGCGCGGCGUGCAAGUGAUCAACUGUGCCCGGGUGGCAUCAUCGGACGAGGGCGGCGCGGGCGCUGGAGAGCGGCCAUUGUGGAGGCGCGGGGGCUGGAUGUAUUCACAGAGGAACCUCCCCGGGAUCGGGCCCUUGUGGACCACCCUCUGGUGAUUAGCCUCCCCCAUCUGGGGGCCAGCACACACGAAGCCCAGAACCGCUGCGGGGAGGAGAUCGCUGUGCAGAUUGUGGAUCUGGUGACGGAACGCGCUCUGGUCGGAGCGGUCAAUGCUCCGGCCCUCACCAAAGCAUUCUCCCCAGAAACCAAACCCUGGAUCAAGCUAGGGGAGGCACUGGGGGUCCUCCUCCGAUCCAUGGUGCCAGAAGUCAAAGGAGAAGUUCAGGUGACCACAUCAGGAGAUCCUCUGAAGAGCUCCGGCUCCUUCCUUUGCUCGGCUGUAGCCAUCGGUCUUCUCCAAAACUCCGCUAAGAAGGUCAACCUGGUGAAUUCCUCUCUGUUUGCCAAGGAAGUUGGAAUCCAGGUGGCAGCCCGCCAUUCCAUGGACUCAGCAGAGACUAGGCUGGAGGUGUCUGCAGGGGAUAUACGUCUAGUUGGUGGUCUGAGUGGCACCCUGCCAUGCCUGCUUCAGAUUGCAUCUUCACGUUUCCGGAGCCCGGUGUCACUGAGCGGAACCCUACUUCUGUGGACCAGUGAGGCCUCUGUCAGCAGUCUACUAGAGCUCCCUCUCCUCCACAGGACAUCAUCUAGAAUCAUUCCACACUGCCGGAAGGUACAGCAUAGCAGCCAUCUCCAGGCCCCUCUCCGAUCUGUCGCCCCAUGGGAUCCUGUCUGCAAGUCACCUUCUGA